GUCGAUUCGCCUCCUUACCUCUCCUCUAGUCUUCAUACGUUCGCCAUACGUGAUUUUUUUCAUUACCUACUUCGUUCCUAUUUGGCAACAUUAUAUAAGAUUUGACACAACACAUUUUCCAUUACAUUUUAUUUUCAACGCGCACACGUCACUGUUCCAGCAGGAAAACACUAAACCAUUCCUACUCUUGUUAUUGAAGGUCUUUGAACAAUUUUAAGAGCUUCUUCUUUUUUUGUGAAGUGAGGUUAGGUUAUUAUUUUUUAAUUUUCUUUCAAUCAAAAACUGAUUUUCGAAGAUUGUGCCAUCAUAAUAUAAUCAUAAUAACUGCUAUUUAGAUAUAAAAUCAUUAUCCUAGCCUGAUAACAUUUAACCUUGAGCAAACGGGCAAGCAAGUUCCGCAAGUAUUUGCAAUUUCUACAAGUCAUUUCUGUGAAUAGUAUUUCAACUUCAACCAUUCAGUGUAGAUUGAAAGUUAACAAAUUGAUCAAGAUGGCACUUACAGAGGAAUCCUCAAACAAAAUUUUCGGAGGAUAUCAAAAAAUAUUUUCUCAUGAUUCAGAAGAAGUGGGUUGCAAAAUGAGGUUUGGUGUUUAUUUGCCACCACAAGUGGAAGAAAAUAAGAAGUUACCCGUUAUUUAUUGGCUUUCUGGUUUAACUUGUAGUGAAGCUAAUUUUGUUGAAAAAUCAGGAGCUCAAAGAUAUGCAGCAGAAUAUGGUAUAAUAAUUGUUAAUCCAGAUACUUCUCCAAGAGGCCUAAAUAUUCCUGGCGAUUCUGAAAAUUGGGAUUUUGGAGUUGGAGCAGGGUUUUAUGUAAAUGCCACCAAAGAACCAUGGAAAAAAAAUUACAGAAUGUUUAGUUAUAUUACCUCAGAAUUACCAAAACUUAUCAAUAAUAAUUUCCCUGCAGCAGAGGGACUGCAGUCUAUAAUGGGUCAUAGCAUGGGUGGACAUGGUGCCUUGAUAUCUGCAUUAAAAAAUCCAGGAAUGUACAAAUCUGUAUCUGCUUUCGCCCCCAUUUGCAAUCCUUCAGUUUGCCCUUGGGGAAUAAAAUCUUUUACAGGGUACUUGGGAUCUGAAGAAGCUUCAUCGUGGUCCGAAUGGGAUGCAACCCAGUUGGUUAAAAAAUAUAAUGGACCAACAUUAGAAUUGCUAAUCGAUCAGGGUUUGGAAGAUAAUUUCUUAAAAAGUGGACAACUUUUACCAGAAAACUUAAUUGAAUCUUGCACAUCUUCAAAAGUUCCCGCAAUUUUGAAAAAACGAGAAGGCUAUAACCACAGUUACUACUAUAUAGCUAGUUUUAUUGGAGAACACAUUAAAUAUCAUGCAGAGCAUUUAUUGUCAAAAAAAUUAUAAAUUGAUUGUUAUAUAUGUACUAUUUUUAAAAUUGUUUAAAACAAUUCAUAAAUAAAAUAUUUUAUUUUAUGGUUAACA